GCCGAAUUUCGUGAAAAAUUAAUGUUUCAAAAUCAAAAUUCAAACUGAAAAGUUACCUCAUCACCAAUGUAAUCCGAAAAAGUGUUCAAAAUAACGUUGUUGACAUUCGUAACACGUGCUUAUCAUUUUUAUCAUUUUUUGAAAAAUAUUCAUUGUGGUUUCAGAAAGAAUUUUAUUUAAUUUUCCGAAUAAUUUCGUUCAAUGUUGAUUAAUAUUGCAAAAAGUGUUGCCUGCUUCGUACCUAGUUAUUCAUUCGAGUUACUUCUCUUCAAUUUGUGAUUUCAGAAAAUCAUCUUCGUAUAUCGCCAAAGUAUGUGUUCGGUGAUUCAGGAUGAUUUUGAACUUGAUCAAACUGCCCCUGAGAAAUCUGAUAUCAGAUUGAGCACCGGAUGUAAAAAAUGCACGGAAAAAGCUGACGUUGUUCUGCAAAAAAGACACAGUUAUUGCAAAUCUUGCUUUUUAGUACUCGUUUCACAUAAGUUUCGUUCGACGUUGGGUAAAACGAAACUAAUCAAGCAUCAAGAUAGAAUCCUUGUUGUAUCAUAUGGAGACUCGAAUUCUACAGCGUUACUUCAUUUGCUGGAAAAAGGAAUGUCUGAGAAUAAUCAUAAACGGAUAAAAUUCCACCCAAUGGUUUUAUUUAUCGAUGAAACAGCGUUAUGGCCAUCGUUGGACAAAGUGAGCAUUUUAGAAAAAAUUUUCGAAUCUUUGAAGAACUUUGAUUGCUACGUUUGCAAGUUGAGCUCGGUUUACGGAAAUUAUACUGCGACUAAUUUGAACAACAGUCAACCUUUGGAUCUUCUGAAACAAGAUGAAAAUGAUGUAAAAUUACAGAAUAAUUUCAGUGGAAUGAAGAGUGCGACAUCAAAGAUUGAUUUCAUUCUUAGACUAAGAUACUUAGUUCAGAAAGAAGUAGCUGUCAAGCUGCAGUGUAAAAAAAUAUUCACGCCGGAAUCCGGCAGUAAUCUGGCAGUGCGUUUGCUAUCCGAUGUAAUCUUGGGCAGAGGAUCCCAGAUAUCUUCUGAUAUCGGCGUAUGUGAUACCAGAUUAGCAGAUAUAGUUACCUUGAGACCGCUCCGAGAAAUUACCACGAAAGAAGUUACCUUUUAUAAUGUGUUUAAUGAAUUAGAAGUUCCGGCUGCGCCUUCCUUAAUUUCUUUUUUCAACUCGAGUGACAGUAUACACGGGGUGACCGAAGAGUUCAUUUGUGGUCUUCAAGAAGAAUUCCCCUCUACCGUGUAUACAAUUUUUCAUACCGGAGAUAAAUUGAAAAAUUCAGAUGGCUGUGAUGAAAAGAACACUUGCAUCAUGUGUAAUAAUAAAAUUGAUGCUACAAAAUGUCCUGUAUCAUUACGUCCUAAACCGGCUGUUUCCAGUUCAAAAGAUUCAAAUAGCGGUGAAAAAUCUUGCGGUGAUUGUUCGUGUAAGAAUAAGAAUUCCUUCGAAGCAUUGACAAUGUUGAGGGAUAAUCUUUGCUACGGAUGUAAUCGACUAAUAAAUGAUAUGGAUUCGGCGGAUAUUCUACCCGCAGAGGUGAUCGAGAAAGCCAAGCUGAAGUCGAAAUAUGAAGAUAUGAGGACUCAAAUCGAAGAUUUCCUGCUGUAAAUGCAGUGAAGAUAUUUCAGUUCUCCGUGCUUAUUUGGAAUUGUAUCAGAAUGAUCAAGUAGGUCGUACUUGCGCUUAUCAUCUGCGACAAAAAUUGCAAUAAUUAUGUCAAGCCUCUUCGAGCACGAGAUAUUGUAACUGUGUAACUUACUGCAUAUAACAACGAGAAAUCUAGAGGAAAGAAUCCGCAGACGUUUAUUUGAAGUUUUUUGUACAUAAGCUGAAGUGCGAAAAUAUCCAGCUGGAAAAAUUUCUCUAAUUUAUUCGUGAGAAUACGUACCUCGAAUGAAUUACAUUUUAUACAUGUCAAA